UAAUCAUCUUUUAAAGAAGUUAAUUCUAGCAACAUAAUGGCCAAUACAACGUGACACAAGACACCGUCAAGGUUAAAAGAAUGUGGUCCGUGUAAAACACAAGUGGCCACUUAUUACUGCUCAAGUUUCAGAAUAAAACGGAAAAUCAUUCGUACUUAAAUACAUAAUAGAAAUCUUUGACUAAAGUGAUUUCAUUCCAAAAUUCUAAUUAAUUUUUCGGGAAUCAUUCUCCUUAUUAGUAGUAAGCCAUAGUGUGAUGACACAGUGGUAUCUCUUCAAUUUUUUUUUUUUUUUUUUAAAUAGGUUCAUAUUGAGACAUCAUCAAACUAAAAUAAUCAAAUAGUUUGUAUUACUAUUAUUAUCCUCUGUAAUUUUUUUUCUUUCUCAACAUGGCCAUGGAUAUCAAACCUUCGGUACUCUCUUUUCUAGUGGUGCUACUCUUCCUUUUGUUUGCUCAAUCCUCAAAUGCAACCAACAAAAUUGUUGAAGUGAACAAAAUUUGCAACAGAACCAUACACCCUUCAUUUUGUUCAAAAAUUCUAAACUCAAAACCCGGUGGUACAAACCGUGUAGAUCUAGUUACCCUUGUAAAUUACACAAUUGGUGUUGUUCGUUCCAACGUUACAAACACAAUUCAUCUCAUUAAGUCUCUAAUAAGAAAUUCAACUAAUUCAGAUGCGAAAGAUCAUUACGAAUUGUGUUUGAAACAUUUCGAUUACGACGAAGGCGCAUUAGGCGAAGUGGAAUACGCUGAGAAAAUGCUGAAGGCGAAGGAUUACCAAGGUGUUAAUGUUGCUGCUUCUGGUGUUAUGGCGACGGUUGAUGGUUGUGUUUUUGGUGAUUCACCAAGUGAUCCUGUUUUUCCUGAUCAUUCUUCGCUACCGAAAUAUGCUGAAUAUGUGAAGCAAGUUGCGGAUAUUAUUUGUGCCAUUUGUAACUAUUUGACGGGUAUUUAUAAGUAAUUGUAGGUUAGUUAAUUGGGUUUGUACUUCUUAGUGACGGAUAUUAUGUAAAGAGGAGUGUUAGGAUGGCACAAUUUGUGAUUUAUAGCCAUCAAUUAGUUAUUAUUAGUAUUUUUAAUGAUAUAAAAUUUAUA